ACUCGAGGAGGCGGCACAGUAACGGCUUCGGGCAGGGUGGAAGUUAUUAAAAGGAACAGGUUAAGAGGCAGGAAAAUGGUGUGGGACGUGCAAGUGUCGUUGACCCGUUCACAGAGACUUGUCAAAAUUUUGGCUUUGUUGCAAAAACUGGUCAAGAUUUCAUGUUCCUCUGGUGAAAAGUGUGCAUAUCGUGACUUAUGUCAGCCCAAGAAAUACAUAAGCAUGCAGUUCUCCCUCCUAUCGUUAGCAGAAGUGACAAGGAAUUUUUGGAAAGUAAUAGAGUAUGUUACUGCAUACAAAUCCAUUCUUACUUCAAUCAAAAGAGAAUAUGACACCUUUAUUGAGACAAUAAAGAAAAGCCAGAGAACUGCGUUUUAUCUUCAUGGAAAACUUCAGGCUUUGGCUGCAGAGCCUACAGCUUUGGCACAUCAUCAAAGGAGAGCAACCCAACUCAAAGAAAAAAUAAGGAUUAUUAAAAAUAACUCCUUGAAGAUUCAGUUGCAAAUAGAUCAAAUGAAACAACUUAGGGCAGAGUAUGAUGCAAAAGAAGUAAAAUAUUGUACUCUCACCAGAAAUCCUUCAAAACCUAUUCCAGGUAUGACUCUCCAAGAAUCUGUCAGUCUAGAUGCUCUCUGUAAAUAUAUGAAACAUCUUGAAGAUAAGUAUGUAGAAAUUAAACAAGCUAUGUUGGUAAAAUAUAUACCAGCUCAAAAGAAGGCUGAUUUAGAUGAGGAAAUGAUUGUGUUAUUAAAGCGGAGAGAUGUAGCAGAAAAUCUGAACAAAGAAUUACAGUUUCGUUACCAAAGACUGCAGAUUGUUUCACAUGCACUUACUUCAUGGGUAAAAUCUGAUAUGAGCAGCUCAUUUCAAGACUUCAUGGACCAAAUUCAGAUAACCAAAGGUUUAAAUGGUGAUCAAGGCAUUGUUGAAGAACUGCUUGAAGAUGACCCAAGCAAGGCAAAACACGCUGAAAUUAUGCUUUACUACAUCGAAAGGUUCAAUGAAUUAAUCUCACUUGGUGAAUAUGAAAAGGCAGCUUGUUUUGCAGCAAACAGUCCUAGAAGAAUUCUUCGAAACAUGAAUGUAAUGAACAAAUUUAAGGCUGUUGGGAAAAUAAGAGGAAAGCCUCUUCCAUUGCUCUUAUAUUUUGAGGCUAUAUUUAGCACAAGUCGUGCUUUUAGAUAUCCCAUUGAUGCAUAUCUAACUUUGGAAGGAAUCAAAUGUGGACUGUCUGAGAAACGGCUAGAUUUAGUUGUCAACUGGAUCACCCAGGAAAGGAUAACAUUUUCUGAGGAGGCUGGGGAUGUGAUGAGUGAUUAUGGGGAACAAGAUACUUUCAACAAAGCCAAGUGCUUGGCUUUAGCUCAAAUUAUCUACAGCAAGUGUAGUAUGCAUAAGAAAGCUCUUCUUUGCCUGUGUAAACAGGGUCAGAUUCAUGAGGCUAUGGAAUACAUGCAGCAGUUCAAGGAAUUUACUUCAGAUGCAGUAGAACAUGUCAUGAUGAAUGAUUCAUUUUGCUCACUAGAAACAUGGCAAGACGUGGCAAAUAUAUGUUCACAAAACGGCUUUAACAAGUUAUCUAAUGACAUCAUGUCCUUUCUUCGAUCUCAGGCUGGAGUUACAGAAAUUUCUGAAGAAGAUGAAAAAGUUAACCCAAUGGAACAUGUUUUUUGGUAGUUCUAUAUUUUAACCAGUUGAGGGAGCGUGUACAACAUUGUGUGUAUGUUGGUUGAGCAAACUGGUUUUGGCAUAAUUAUAAAUAAAUCGAGCAUGUAAAGCUCUCAGAACUAAACCACACUAAUUUUGUUAUGAUGAUAUUUAGGUUUUCCUUGAAACAUUUAUAUUAUUGAUUUCUUUUUCCCAUAUGGUCAUUUCUUAUAUUGAAUUUUGAUAAAAUCCAAGAUUACAACUUAGUAUAAAGUUGUAUACUGAUUUUAAGGCUAUAAGCUAAUGUCUAGAUACAUUAUUUUCUACUAAUUUAGUUUGAUAGCCAGGACUGAAGAAGGUGAAUGUAGUUUUUUUGCCUGUAGGCUGAUUGCCCAAAUAUCAAAUUCUAUAAGCCUCCCUUGAAAAGAAAAGCAGAUGUUAUUUCAAGGUCAACUUGCUGACAAAACUUAGAGUGUAGUAAUUUUUUGCCAUUGAUUUAGAGGUAUGUCCCAUGCUUUGGUAUUUAUAAAUAUGGUAAAGGUUAGGCUUCCACUGAAAUAGAAGUCUUGGCUUAUUCUUCUUUAGAAGGAGGAGCCAGUUAAGUUUUGCACAGAAGUUGGCAUGGAAUACCUGUAGGCAAGCAAAUAUGUCGUAGACGUGGAUUUUCAUUAUGUCAAGUGCCUGAAUAAGUAUUUGAUCGAACACCUAGAGUUCUGUGCCACUGACAGGUGUGAUAUCCCAAAUAUUUAAUAGGUUUGGCAUGGGCACUGAUCUCACAGAACAGGUAUCCAACUAAUCGAACAGCUUUCAGUCCUUAUGCCACAUCAGGAUAUAUGAGUUGAAUGUCUGCCAUGAAGGGUAAAACUGAGCUGCUGUUAGAAUAAGAGCAAAAAACACACAUUUUCCUUCUUAAAUGUAAAUUGAAUGUGAAUUUUUUGUAGUGGAAAGAAUAUGAAUUUGGAGUCAGCCUUAUAUAAAAAUUCUGAUACAAUCUCUUACUUGUGAAAUAUAGAUAGUAAGAUUACUGCUAAUUUGUAUGUGAAGUGCAGGUGUAUCACAUAGUGGAGGAAUUUAGUGAAGAUGACUGUUAUUUGUGGGAGGUUACAGAAAUAAAAUAUUCCUCUGCUUACUUUAUACUUACAAAAUCCCACAUUUUUACCCAUUUGUAUGAUGUAAUUUUACUUAUCUGGAGUAUUUGAUAUAUUGGUAUAACUUAUUGCGUAUAUUAAGGUAUCUGUCUGAGCUCAUAUUGUGGUUGCAUGGCAUAUAUUAUAAAUCUACAAGUAUCCUG